CUCAGAUGUAGCCGUUAGCUUCAGUCUUCUACCCCGGUGCAUCCCUGAAACACUCAAAUGUGCAACUUCCAUCAGCCGCAGAAACAGAGGAUGUGGAAGCAUGAUUCACGUUAACGGCACACGUUGAUAUGAGGAGGAAGGGAUAAAAAUAACGAGCUGUCAAAGUCCCAGAUAAGUUAAAUGAAAAUGGAGUGACGAUGUUUGCUGUUGACUGAAGUUCACUCCAAGAAACAAAAUGAAGAAGAGGCUGCUUCGUGGUUUCCUGUCGGAAGUCUCCGUCCGGAUCGUGCUGCUUCUCGUGUUCCUUGUGACGGAGCAGCUUCCUCCUUUCUACCGUGAGAUCCAGCCAGAGGAGAUGUGGCUGUAUAAAUUCCAUCGUGUGGAGAGAGACCACGUACCCACCUCUCUUAUGUUUGGUGUGGCAGUUUUCACCCCGCUGUUUGUAAUCCUGGUUUUCACCUUCCUGAAUAAAUCAGAGCGAGGAGAUCUGAAGGAGGCCUCACUGGCUGUGACUUUGACUCUGGUGCUAAACGGAGUUUUCACCAAUGUCAUCAAACUUGUAGUUGGCCGGCCUCGGCCAGACUUCUUCUAUCGCUGUUUCCCAGAUGGUCAGAUGAACCUGGAAUGGCGCUGCAGCGGUGACCCAGAUGUAGUCAUGGAGGGCAGGAAGAGCUUUCCCAGCGGGCACUCUUCCUUUGCCUUUGCAGGUUUGGGUUUCACUGCGCUGUACGUGGCAGGCAAGCUGCGCUGCUUCACGGCAGCGGGUCAAGGCAGAGCGUGGCGGCUGUGUGCCUUCCUCACACCUUUACUCAUUGCGACUGUGAUUGCCCUCUCCAGAACCUGCGACUACAAACACCACUGGCAAGAUGUGUUGGUGGGUUCCCUGCUGGGCCUCUCCUUCGCCUGGCUGUGCUACAGACAGCAUUACCCUCCCCUCCAGGACGCUGACUGCCACAGACCUCUGCGCCACAGAGAGACUGUUCCCGCCGCACAGGAGCACAAGCUGGCCAACUCCAACUACAUCCUGCCUCUGUAAACAGCUGUAACUGUUACUGGUGUCAUUCAUUACGGGUUACAUGUGUGAAAACCAGCCAAACGUUAUGCAGGGUCAGAGCCCUUCAUCGCUGUAAAUCCAGAUUGAAGCAGCAGGAUCACAGUAGUCUCAGACCAAACUUGGCAGAAAAAAACAUAUGACUUUGUGCCUUUGUUUACUAAAUUACUUUGCUACGGGGAAUGAAGUAUAUACUGCAUGUAUCAGUGUAUGCUCUCUGUCAUGUUGGGGACAAUACUUUGUUUUAAAUAUGUGUUUUUUUAUUGUUUAACAGCGUAUAGGAGCCGGUUGGGAAGACAUUUAUGAUGUUCAAAUGUGGCAUGCUGCCUUUUUUUACCUCAGAAAAAUACCUUAUAAGUUAUUUCCAAAAAUUGUAGAGGGAGUAAAAUGUGAAGAAUGCUGGUUGGAAACAUGUCAAAAAAAACAAGAGAGUAGCCAAGAGGAAGAAAAAUGUCACUCUUUGCAAAACUUCACUUCAUCCUAAAUUACUUGGUCAAUCUUGAUAGUGGUUUAUGAGAUGAUGUGCAGGUCUAAGUCUAUUUCGCUUUGGGGCAUGCAAGAGUUUACUUGAAUUUUCACUCUGCGUUUGUUUUUCCUUAAUGUGAUAAUAUUAUUUCAUGACAGUAGGAAUCAUAUCUGUGGGCAUAUUGCUCUGAGGGUAUAAAAAUAAAUGUUCAUUUAACUUUGCUGCAUUUUGAUAGAUUCCUGCAUGUUUUACAGCUAAGGACAAACGUUUCCCUUCAUGAUUUACUUCCAGAUCAACACAUUUCUACAAGUGUACAUACCUUUUAAGUUUUUCAUGACUUUAUCAGGUUGUUGAUUAUGUCCUUUAGAUAUUCUGUCAUAAUAAGGGAUGAUGCUAAAACUUGCCGUUCGCUUUAUUUAAGUCACGCUCAUCAUAACUUGCCUUGGCUUUCAACUCAUAUAGCUCGUGCUCAUGCUGAUACAGUAUCCUGAUUGUACAUGUUGUGAUGCUUUUAAUGACUCUUUUGGUGACACUAAAUAAUGUUUUAAAUACUCUUGCAACACA